AGACCACUCCCUAUGCGUUUCGCUUCGAAGACGACCUCCACGAGGUCGAGGACCCCAACCACAGCACCGGCCAUAUCCUGAUGAAGCCACCCCCCCCUCUCGCAACUAAAGUAGUUCCGCGCAGCAGCUCAGCAUUGGCAGAAACACCGGUACUGUCCCACAAACCCGCAGCCAAGUCCAGUACUCAGGCUCCGACAUGCACCCUGACAGCACCCCCAUCUCUGCUCACUGACAAGCCUCGCGGUCCGGUCUCGGCGCGGUCCAACGCACCGAGGUCAAUGACGCAGCCAAAUCCCUCCACAGAAUUGCUUGCAGCGACUUCGUCCAAUCUCACAUUACCUGUCUCCCGCGCGAAUUCGAUCAAGAACCGCGUGCGCAGUUUGUCCAGUCACAGACGCGACGAACUCGAGCCACAGCGAUACGGUGAUCUGCGGCCUUCCGCUACGAUGGUGGGGAUACGGAAGGUAAGCGCGAUGUUCGAAAAGGAUGGAAGUCCUUUCGACGUGUAA